ACGUGACUCAAAGUGGGGGGGGCAAACCUUGAGAGCGAUACAAUCUCUCCCAGUGCUCAGUGCUGAACCAGUGCUAAAACUGCCUCUAGAUCAAGGAAUAGCCGCUCGUGUGUUCGAAUUAUCGAUUCGGAAGCUUUUAAUUAUCUGACAGAAUCGCGGGAACCAAUGGCAUACCUUCUUCGAAGAUGAUUCUAAAAUUCUAUGUGUCAUGCGUUAGGAUAUAACUGGCGUGCUGUUCCUUCAACACAGGCGCUCAAGAUGUCGUCGCUUCCCUUACCAGUACCCAUAGCUGAUAUUCCCUCAGAGCUGGCAAAGACCCUAGGAGCGCUUUUCAUCGGGGCCACUAUAGCUUCAGUCUGUUAUGGAUUAACCAUUCUGCAGACCGUCAUCUAUUACAAACUAAAUCCUGAUGACCCAUGGAUCUUUCGAUAUGGGAUCGCCUUACUAUGGAUCCUCGAUACGCUCCACGUUGCGUUGAGCACCCAUGCUCUGUAUUUUUAUCUUAUCCAAUCAUUUGGAAAUUAUAUCGCACUGCUGUCCAAGAUCAUCUGGAGCUUUCCGGUAACGGUCUUUCCCCACACUUCAUUGAUCUGUGAUGCUAUGAUUCUCCGCUCCCGUUAGCUGCAGCUUUUGAUUAAUGUACAUUAUACGGUGUCAGAAUAUGGAAACGUUUGUCUUUGUUCCCUGAAAU